AUGGCGGCGCCCGGCCAGCCGUCACCCCAGCAGAUUGCGGCCAUGCAACAGCAGUUCGCCGCCGAAGCUGCUAGGCGCGGAAUGACCCCCGAGGAAUUUGCCAAACAGCAGCGCGAACAGCUCACUGCAGAGGCAGCCAAGCACGGAAUGACAACCGAACAAUAUGUCACUCAGUUGAGAAUGCGAGCUCUUGCCGCUCACCAGAGACAAGUCGAGGCCCAACGACAAGCUGCUCAAGCCCAAGCGCAGGGCCAGCAGCCCCAAGCGCAAGGGCAAGCACCUCCUCAAUCGCCAGCCCAACCAGGACAGAACCUGCCUGCACCUCCACAGCCCCAACCCCAGCAGGUGACCCGGCAGGUCCCUGUGAACCCUAACAACCCUCCUGAUCCGAAGGCGCUCGCCGUUGCUGCGUUCCUGCGGUCGCAGAACCUAAAGACACGGACAUGUAUCAUGGAUGGGCAGCGGAAGGAGAUGUUCAAAGUGAAACGUGCCAUCCGCGCCAUCGAGUCCCCAGCUUACGCCAAGGCGGCUGCCAAAAAGAACUCUCUUCUCCCUCCAGUCACCGACCGCGCAUCAGCAGAGAACGUCUUCAAGCUUCUUCCCCUAUCCCUUCUUGCUCUGCGCGUGACUAAGGUUGACCCCCAUGCGGGCCACAACCACGGCAAGUCCAAGAACCGUGUCAAGGGACUGUGGACGGUGCGCAUUGAGCAGCACCAAGAAACCGAUCCUAUGAUGCACUAUGUCUGGCUGUGGGAAGGUCCGCAGUGGAAGCAGAAGGUCAUGGCCGCGGCUGUAGUAGCAGGAAUCUUCGCAGUGGUGCUCUUCCCUCUGUGGCCAAUGAUGCUGCGCCAAGGUGUCUGGUACCUGAGUGUGGGCAUGAUGGGUCUGCUGGGAUUGUUCUUCGCUAUGUCCAUUUUCCGUCUUAUUCUGUUCUGCAUCACAGUCAUUGCGGUUCCCCCUGGUCUAUGGCUGUUCCCCAACCUAUUCGAAGAUGUCGGAUUCGUGGACAGUUUCAAGCCCCUGUGGGGCUGGCAAGAGACCAAGAAGAAAAAGUCCAAGAAGUCCAAGAACGCAGGAGGCGAGGAACCUCAAGCCGUAGCCCAAUCCACUCCAUCCGCCACCACAACAGCAACAGCAGCCCCGGAUACUUCAAGCACUGUAAAGCGAGACCUUGCGCCGCGCGUGGAGGAAGUCACCGAAGAGUAAUCGAUGUACCUUGAUCCUAUACAAUUGACUGCGGAAAUCCAUUGAACCUUCAUCCUACGCAUGUGGGAGAUACAACCUUUCAUGGUAAUCUCUUGCUUCUAAUCAUAUCCCAUCUUAUCCUUUCAUUUCUGUA